AUGCGCGUACGUAUCGCUCGUCGAUCGUGCACACAAGUGGGCAGUUCAUUAUGCUGCAGCUCUUUCUCACGCAGCGUCAGUAAUUGGUGCAGCAAAACAUUGCUCGUUGCCUCGGAAGCUCUGGCACACGGCGAUAUUUCAGCCGUGGAGCUUACGCAAGCCUGCAUACAACAGGUGGAGAAAACUAGAGCAUUCAAUAUGUUUGUGACUACAGACUUUGAUCGUGCGUUACAGCUGGCGAAGGCGUCCGACGACCGUCGUGCAGCUAGCAAGUCACUCGGUUUAUUGGACGGUAUUCCCGUUGGCAUCAAAGACAUUUUUUGUAUGGAAAAUGUGCGAACAACUGCUGCAUCCAAGAUUCUUGAGGGAUUUUUGUCGCCAUAUGAGUCAACGGCCACGCAGAGACUGCUGGAUAAAGGUGCAGUGCCUCUUGGCAAGCUCAACAUGGACGAGUUUGCCAUGGGAUCUGGCACGCUGUAUUCAAAGUUUGGUGCGACCAUCAACCCGUGGUCGACGGAUCUUGGAGACAGGGCGGUAGUUGCAGGUGGGAGCUCAGGUGGAAGUGCCGCGGCGGUCGCUUCCGGAUGCUGUUUUGCAGCAUUAGGGUCAGAUACAGGAGGCUCAGUGCGUCAGCCCGCUGCAUACUGCGGUAUUGUUGGACUGAAGCCAUCGUACGGAAGAGUGUCACGCCACGGUAUGAUUUCGUAUGCAAGCUCUCUGGAUACGCCAGGCAUUUUUGCGAGAUCUAUCGGUGAUGCAGCCGUUGUCCUUCAGGCCAUCGCGGGACCGGACCCUAUGGACUCGACCUGUCUAACUGAUUCGCUCCCGGAAAGUUGGUGCUCAAACACGGUCAAAUCUUCAAAACAAUGCGAGGAAGUUGACUUGACUGGUAUUCGAGUUGGCGUUCCCGCGGAAUACUACGUGAAAGAACUCCCUGAAGAAAUUAUAAAAGUGUGGGAUCAGGGCGUCACAUGGCUUCGUGAUGCCGGUGCACAAGUUGUAAGUGUAUCGCUGCCAGCAACAAAGCUAUGCAUCCCUGCCUACUACAUCCUGGCGUGUGCCGAAGCAUCCUCGAAUCUAUCUCGCUACGAUGGUGUUCGCUACGGUUAUAGGGCAAAGGACAUUGCUUUGAAAUCACAGGAAGACCAGUCUGAUGCUCUUCAUGACUUGUACUGCAGAACACGAUCGGAGGGUUUUGGAGAAGAAGCGCAGCGUCGAAUACUCUCGGGUACAUUUGUGCUCUCGGCCGGUGCCAUGAGUGACUAUUAUGAACGAGGCGUGAUUUUGCGUCAACGGAUUCGCCAAGAUUUUGAGCGAGUCUUUCUAGAGCAAGGCGUUGACGCCUUAUUAACGCCCACAACACCUUCAGGGCCGUUUCCCAUCCACAUCAAACAGGUAAAGGAGGAUCCCGUCAGCAUGUACCUGAAUGACGUCAUGACCGUUCCAGCAAACAUGGCUGGUCUGCCCUCCAUCUCCCUUCCAGCUGCAUUGACAAACGACGGCGAUUAUCCACUAGGACUUCAGCUCAUGGGAGCUUAUAAGAUGGAAGAUUGUCUAUUGCAGGUCGCAACUGCCAUAGAACAGCAAGCUCAUUUUCGUCAACUUGUUCCUGCGCGUGUUUACGUAACGGACCGAUAG